AUGGUGUACGAUGGCAAACCAAGUAAAGGUUGCGGUAACUGCCGCUCCCGCAAGAUCCGAUGCGACCAGGCACGGCCGGCCUGCGGGGAAUGCAUCCGAACUAAGCGAGAAUGCCCCGGGUACCGCGAUGAGUUGUCGCUGAUGUUCCGCGACGAGAGUGAAUCCGUUGCCCGUAAAGCGCUUUCAUCUCGGUCGUCUACAGCUUCAUCUAAAUCGUCAUCUUCCAGACGCCAAAAGCUGCCCCAAUCGGUGCGCUCUGCUCUUCCAAGACAGAAUGUUGCAUCCUAUGGGACUUCAGCCUCUUCCAACUCCUUGGAGGAUCCAGUCUUUGAUUUUGUCUCUGAUCUCGAGCCCCAAUAUUACAUGCUCCAGUCUAGGCGGAGUCCCCUAGGAACACAUCCCGAUACGGGGAUCUCAAGGCAAGAGGCCAUCUGCUUCUUUCUUCAGUCCCACACAAUACCCGGAAACUUUCUGAUCACAGAUACCUUGACCAAUUUCCUCAUGGAAUCUGGUGGGUCGCUGGGUCAACAAGCUAUCCAAUCUAGUAUUGUGGCGGUUGCCAGCGCCAUGCUCUCACGUGUUCGCAACAUUGCCUCGUUGAGGCAAGCGGCGCGACAGGAGUAUGGGUCCGCGCUCAAGCUAGUCAACAGGGCUCUCGCUGAUGUUGAAGAGGCUAAGACUAAUCAGACGCUUGGUGCAGUUGUUCUUCUGGCUCUAUAUGAAAUCGUCGUAUCAAGAGCUCCGCAGGGAAUUGAAGGGUGGACAAACCAUAUAUGUGGAGCUGCGGCUCUACUAGAGCAUCGCGGGGUCAGCCAGCUACGAAACGAAGUAGGGAUUCGACUGUUUCUACAUUUGAGAUAUCAGAUCAUCAUAAGCUGUCUCCAACGCGAUGUGUUGGUGCCAGGCUCUUUAUUGCAAUGUACAAAACUCGACCUACUCCCCGGUAUCAAGGAUGCCUUGGGCAAUAAACUCAUCUUGAUCAUCGGCAAUCUGUCUAAUCUCCGUGCCAAUAUGCACACACAAACAUUGAGCCACCCACAGGAAAUUAUCAGUGCGGCCUGUGCCAUUGAAGCCGACCUCAUUGCCUGGCUGGCCGCUCUGCCGCCGGAUUUUACAUAUAGCAGUCAUACCCUCAUGCCGAUGGAUCGAUCCUUUGAACGUCGUUGUCACGGCAUCAGACCCUACAAUGGCGAAUACCACAUCUAUCCGGACAUUUGGUCGCCCAGUUGCUGGAAUCACUACCGUUGCGCACGCAUCCUGGUCAGUGAACUCAUAUUAUCGCAUGUCCACAAGCUCUCCAACAGCUCGCCUUCGUCUCUGUCCGAAGACUUCCGCUUACAUUGCAAGUCUCUACGUUCCACCAUCCGUCGUCUAGGCGCCGACAUCUGUCGUAGUGGCCCAUUCCACCUAGGCGCCUGCAACUCGGAAGUUCUUCCGGAAGCCACCAUUCUUCCACCCGAGAGCUACUUGGGCGGCCUGAUGCUACUCUGGCCCCUAUUCAUCGCCGGUAUGAUCGAGGGUCCGACUCAUCCGCAGCGUCAAUGGGUGAUCAAGUGUCUUGAGACGAUAGGAAACACGUGGGGUCUGGCUCAAGCGCUGGCACUCAAGGAUCUUCUCACCGUGGAUCCGGGCAUGUUCCAUUCGGUCGAAAAAUAUGGUGAAGCCGCUGAUAGGGCGACCGGGUCGUCGGAAGUACUGCCGUUUUCUAUCUUCCAUGUGCCAUAUUAUAACCUCCCCACAAUGAAGGAGUAUCGUGAGCUUCAUGCCUCGUCGGCGUGA